GGCACCUGCCUUAAAAUAGCUUCCAUGUGAGGGCUAGAGAAAGGAAAAGAUUAGACCCCUACAUGAAAGAGGGGGGUGCGGGGGACAGGGAGAGAGAGAGUGAGCGAGCUGUCAGGUGAUCCCUGUCAAGCAUCCUGGAAGACUGUGCCAUGGGGCUCAGCGACGGGGAAUGGCAGUUGGUGCUGAACGUCUGGGGAAAGGUGGAGGCUGAUGUCGCAGGCCAUGGGCAGGAGGUCCUCAUCAGGCUCUUUACAGGUCAUCCUGAGACCCUGGAGAAAUUUGAGAAGUUCAAGAACCUGAAGACAGAGGAUGAGAUGAGGGCCUGUGAGAACCUGAAGAAGCAUGGCAACACCGUGCUCACGGCCCUGGGGGGCAUCCUCAAGAAGAAGGGGCAUCACGAGGAGGAGCUGAAGCCCCUGGCGCACUCCCAUGCCACCAAACACAAGAUCCCCAUCAAGUACCUGGAGUAUCUUGUUACCAAGGAAGAACUGGAUAUGGGAUGCACGACUUGCAUUCUCUCCACAGUUCAUCUCGGAAGCCAUCAUCCACGUUCUGCAGAGCAAGCAUCCUGGGGACUUUGGUGCCGACGCCCAGGGAGCCAUGAACAAGGCCCUGGAACUGUUCCGGAACGACAUCGCCGCCAAGUACAAGGAGCUGGGCUUCCAGGGCUAAGCCCCACCCCCGAGGCCCCACGCCCCACCCACCUGGGCAGGGAGGGCGGGGACUGAAUCUCGCGUAGCUGUAGGGUUUGCAUUUGAGUGUCUGCUUUGUUUAUGAGAGAUGGAUGGGAGAUGCGGAGCGGCUGGGGGCCGGGAGGAGGGUGAGGGGAUGUUCAGGUGGUUUCACGUGGGGACCGGGCUUCCUGUGGCGGGUCAUCAGCUUGGCAACCAGGAGAAGCUUGGCUUUGCUCGCGGUGGCCGGCAGAGUUUAGGUCAGACUCAACUCUCCUUUCACCUCAAUUCCAACCCAAUUCCUUCCAGCCUCACCUUAAAUCCCCAAUCCAAGCUAUAAACCUAAACUCCAGCCAUAAUUCUCUGAUUCAUCACCGUGCCGCUUGAAGACAGCAGAGUGUCCCCUUGCGUUGAGAAGGUCUGGGCUGGGUGUGACAGCCACACCCAGCCCCAGGGAGAUGUGGUAUCUGGAACAUAAGCAUACUUUCUCAGUGAUGGAGUGACCCACUUGGUUUAAUAAAAGAUUGGCAC